AUGUCUCUGUCUACGAGGUUGAGACGUCCUCAGCCGUCUGAUUCUUCUGCAUCAUCAUCAUCACCAUCUUCAUCUUAUUCAAAAGUCGAUAAGCAAGGGAAAUCGGGUGACGCCGAUGGGUUUGACAAAGGGUUUCGUUGGUUCUUUCCCUUGGUCGCUUUGGGAAUGCUAAGGUACAUGAGCGCUACCUCAAACAUCAUACACGACUGUGACGAGGUCUUCAACUAUUGGGAACCUCUGCAUUACCUUCUCUACAAAUCUGGGUUCCAAACUUGGGAAUACAGUUCUCAGUUUGCACUUCGGUCAUAUUUGUACAUUCUUUUCCAUGAAUUGGUGGGUCGACCGGCUUCCUGGUUGUUUGCUGAGGAAAAAGUGAGAGUAUUCUAUGCUGUUAGACUCUUUCUUGCUAUCCUUUCUGUUAUCACUGACACUGUUCUGGUAGUUGCUCUUUCAAGAAAGUACGGGAAACGCCUUGCUUCUUACACACUUGCAAUGCUAUGCUUAACCAGUGGUUGUUUUUUUGCAAGCACAAGUUUUUUGCCCAGUUCGUUCUCUAUGUAUGCCAUGUCUCUUUCAUCAGGGUUAUUUCUUCUUGAUAAACCUGCCAUGACAGUUACAGUUGCAGCCAUAGGCGUAAUCCUUGGCUGGCCAUUCUCAAUUUUGGCUUUUUUGCCCGUCACAUUUUACUCUCUAGCUAGAAGAUUCAAACAAGCUUUUCUUGCCGGGGCAGCCACCUCUGUUGCUCUUCUUGUAUUGUCGGUUCUCGUUGAUCACUACUACUACAACAAAUGGACAUCAUCUGUGUUAAAUUUGUUGAUCUAUAACGUCGCAGGAGGUGGUGAGAGCCAUUUGUAUGGAACUGAGGGGCCACUAUAUUAUAUUAGGAAUGGAUUUAACAAUUUUAACUUUUGUUUUGUACUCGCAUUGCUGUUUCUGGCAAUACUGCCGAUUGCAAGGAAAAAGUAUGCACCCAGCUUGCUCAUUGUUGUCUCGCCUAUAUAUAUUUGGUUGGCGUUCAUGUCUUUGCAACCACACAAAGAAGAGAGGUUCCUUUAUCCAAUAUAUCCACUAAUUUGUGUUGCUGCUUCGGCUGUCAUAGAGAGCUUUCCUGAUCUUUUCCGAUCUGAUUAUGAUUCCCAAGGCAAUUCUCCGAUGGUUAUGACGGCAAAGAUUCUAAGACCAGUGGUUCUUGGCCUCAUAUUAUGUGCUUCCCAUGCUCGUACGUUUUCGGUGAUCAAUGGCUAUUCUGCCCCUUUAGAGGUUUAUAAGCUUUUAGAAGAUCAUGACAAUGCAGGAACAGGUUCUGUUCUGUGUGUUGGAAGUGAAUGGCACCGUUUCCCAUCGUCGUUUUUUGUUCCUGAUUAUGUUGGAGAAGUUCGUUGGAUUGAUGAUGGGUUCCGGGGACUUCUUCCCUUCCCAUUUAAUUCUACCUUGGGUGGAACUGCAUCAGCCCCGCCAUAUCUUAACGAUAAGAACAAAGCUUCUGUCGACCAAUAUCUCAGGGAUCUUGAACAAUGUACAUUCCUUGUUGAGCUGCAGCUUAGUCGACCUUUCCCUUCUCGCGGAAGUGACUUAUCAACUUGGGAGGUGAUUGGAGCGUUGCCUUACCUGGACAGAGAGCUCUCGCCUGCCAAGUACCGCUCCUUUUUCAUCCCAUAUCUGUGGCAGAGUAAGAAUAUCUUUGGCAUGUACAAGCUGCUUAGAAGAGUACCAAAAUGA